AUGGUGCAAGGGAUUGAUGGUCGUGUGGGAGGAAAUGGGAUGAGGUGGUGCGUGUGUUCACCGAUGACGCACCCGGGUUCGUUCCGAUGCAGGUAUCAUCGAGCUGGUUAA